CUUGUAGGGAUUAUUGAAUUAGGUGGGUUUGAGGUUCUGGGACACAGUGACCCUGUCCCCAUCCCUGUUGCCCUGGGUUCCCAUUUCCACGGCCAGUAAUGACUCAGCAGCUGUGCAGAAUAUUGCGCUGAAGCCUUGGGUUACUAUCUUCCCCCACAUCACUGGCAAGCCUCUUGGGCAGCCUUGGGUGAUGAAACCUAGCACAGCAGCAGGAGAAUGGGAAUGCAAAUUCUCAAGCCCCCACCCUCACCCUUCCUUCCUCUUUCAGGGGCUCAAAGUCUGGCAGGAGGAAGACCAGCAGCAACUGACUGGGCAGACUUCCCAGGACGAUGCAGCCACUCCUGCUCCUGGUGGUCCUUCUCCUGCCUCCCAGGGCUAGGGCAGGGCAGAUCAUCGGAGGCCAAGAGGCCAGGCCCCAUUCCCACCCUUACAUGGCAUAUGUUCAGAUCCAGAGACCAGUGGGUCUGACCACUUGUGGGGGGUUUCUGGUGCGAGAAGACUUUGUGAUGACAGCAGCUCACUGCUUGGGAAGACAAAUAAGUGUCAUCCUGGGGGCCCACAACAUCAGCAGGUUGGAAAGGACUCAGCAGCGCAUACCGGUGCUCAGAGCCAUCCCCCACCCCGGGUACAAUCAGCGGAACAACCAGAAUGACAUCAUGUUACUGCAGCUGAGAAGCAGAGUCAGACGUAAUCGAGCUGUGAGGCCGGUGGCUCUGCCGCAGACCCAGGACAAGCUGAGUCCUGGGACCCUGUGCACCGUGGCCGGCUGGGGCCGUCUCGGCCUGAACAGGAGAACAGACACGCUCCAAGACGUGCAGGUGACAGUGCAGAGGAAUGAGGAGUGCAGUAGACGCUUCAUGUUCUACACUGGCCAAACACAGAUUUGUGUGGGCGACCCAAGAGAGAGGAAAUCCGCCUUCCAAGGGGACUCCGGUGGCCCUCUUGUGUGUAACAACGUGGCCCAGGGCAUCGUCUCCUACGGAAACAGGUUUGGGACUCCUCCAGCAGUCUUCACCAGGAUUUCCAGCUUCCUGCCCUGGAUACGGAGAACGAUGAGACGCUUCAAAGAGUGGGGGCUGGAGUGACACCCCCUGUCGCUGACUCCCCUUCUCUGGGGCAGAGCCCAGAUCCAGGGCGGUUCCCAGAGCCUUAACAAACAUCCACAUCUAGAGUGGAAAU